AUUUUUUUUCCUUUGAAAAAAAGAUCAUGUCUACAAAAGAUCAAGUAUUGCAAUUUUGCAGCUCACCUACCACCAAUCAUACAACACUUGAUCGUCAUCCUUCUGCUUACGACGAAUUGUCAACCCUCAAAGAAUCAUUGUUAGUCAAGAAGCCUUCUUUUCAACAACAAUAUGCGUCUAUCUAUUAUGUUCGACUUCUUAAACUAAGGAAAGCUUUGGAAGAAACAGCUAAAGCGCGCUGGAGUUCUGUGCCCGAGAAACCCAAGUUUGUGACCAAGAUGCUAGAUGUUCAGCCUGGCCAAUUGUGUUAUAUGCUUGGUACUGUUUACUUAGAAAUGAAAGCAAAGCCUAAUGUUAUGCAUGACUUGGAAGACGAAGAAUCCAUGUUGAGACCCCCUACACCCGCUAAAUACAGAACUGACAAUGAUGUUAUUUCUCUAGAAGAUGAAUCUGGUCGUAUAGAGAUCACUGGUAGUUGCUUGAACAAAGAGUUCUUGGUCACAGGGACUAUUAUUGGUGUUUUGGGUAAAGAAGUAACAAGAGGAUCAUUUGAGGUGAUGGAUAUCUGCUUACCAGGCAUGGCAGAACAAGAACCAUUUGUAGAAGAAAAAAACAAAGACCCCAAAUAUGUAGCCUUAUUGUCUGGUCUUCAUAUUGGAGCCGAGGAUCAAAUUGAUCUGAGGACACAACUGCUAGUAGACUUCUUGACAGGUGAAUUAGGCAGUUCAGUAGAUGAGCAAUCCAGCUCCAAAAUUUCUAGAGUUAUUGUAGCUGGUAAUUCGCUUUCUAAGCCUACAAAAAUUGCAGAAAAAUCAACUGCGCCCAAAAAAUAUGGCUAUGAUGCCUCCACUUUCAAUGCUUCUCCUGUGAUCCAAUUAGACGAUAUGUUAGAGGAAAUUUGCAGUACAGUGGAUUUGGAUAUUAUGGCAGGUCCCACUGAUCCUUCUCCUUUGCAUAUGCCACAACAGCCUAUGUACCCUUCUAUAUUUGCCAAUGCUCAUCGGUUAUCCACUUUUCAUAGUGUUACUAAUCCCUACUGGUGUAAAAUAGACCAAGCUACUUUCUUAGGCACCUCUGGACAAAACAUUGAUGAUAUCUAUAAAUAUGUGACGUCUGAAGAUCGACUUAAAAUGGCAGAAAAAUGCUUGUAUUGGAGACAUAUGGCACCUUCUGCUCCAGACACUUUGUGGUCCUAUCCGUUUGAAAGCAGUGAUCCUUUUAUUAUUGAAAAGAGUCCACAUGUAUAUUUUGUGGGCAAUCAGCCUCAUUUUGAAGAUAGUCUUUUACAAGGACCCAAUGGACAAAAGACACGGGUAGUACUUGUACCUUCCUUUGCAAAGACUGGCAUUGUUGUCUUGGUAAAUUUAAGUACAUUAGAAUGUAGUGCAGUACAUAUCAGUGAACAUGGCAUAAAGACCACUAAAGAAGAAGAAGAUGCCAAUAUGGACGAGGCAUAAAUAAGCAGCACCAUUAUCAUAUAGACUACAAUAUGUAUAUUGAGCUAAUAAACGUUUCUGUUUUGACUAUACUUGGGGAAUACUGUUUUUAUAGCUUCCGUUUCGUAUUUGCUGAAGACAGACAAUGUCAGUGUCUUUCCACAAGGCUUGACGGG